UCUGUCGCCUUGUGUUUGUCGCGGGCUAGAGGUCCCGUCACCAGGCGAAAUGGCGGAGGCUGCUGUGCUGGCGUGGGUUCGCGGCCCCGGAACCGGGUGCAGGGCGCUGCGGUGUUCCUCGGCGAAGUGCUCAGUGCGCGAUGUUAUCUACCGACACUGCCAAGAGCAGGAAGUUCCUGUGGAAUGCUUCUUUGUGAAAUGUAAUGGCUUCCUGGUUGCUGCUGGUGACGAGGUGCAGCAUGGAGCUCUGUACAGUUUGGAGCCCAGACUUUGUGGCGGUAAAGGAGGUUUUGGGUCUAUGCUUCGAGCGCUUGGUGCGCAGAUAGAGAAGACAACCAAUCGAGAAGCCUGCCGGGAUCUCAGUGGGAGGAGAUUACGAGAUGUCAAUCAUGAGAAAGCCAUGGCCGAGUGGGUAAAACAGCAAGCUGAGAGAGAGGCUGAGAAAGAGCAAAAGCGCCUGGAGAGACUGCAGCGGAAGCUCGCAGAGCCUAAGCACUGCUUCUCCAGCCCCGAGUACCAGAGGCAGUGCCAUGAAAUGGCUGAGCGGCUGGAGGAUUCGGUCCUCAAAGGCAUGCAGGCUGCCUCCAGCAAGGUGGUAUCAGCAGACAGCAGUGAGCCCCGGAAACGGCCAAGCAAGUCACAAACAGACCAGGGACCAGGGGCCAAGAAGAGGAAAUGCUUUUGGCUGGGCAUGGAAGGACUGGAGGCUGCCGAGGGGUCCAGUGCUGGAAGCUCAGAUGAUGACGGUGAAGAAGAGGCCCCUGGGACUUCGGGGCUGAGCUGCUGUGUGCCGGGAAAUGGCCAUGAUGGUGUUGAAGUGGCAGCUGACGGUCCUUGCAGUCCUCAGAGCUCUGGGUUGAAUGCACACUCUGAGUCACCCAAAAAGCUUCUGAACCCCAUGACUGACUCUGAGCAGGGCAUUUUGGAGAACACAGGAACUGAGUUGGGAGAGACAUCUUCCUGGGAGCACAGUGACAGGAAGAAGGUCACAGAAACAGAGGAGACCCCGGCAAGGAAGGAAACAGCGAGUCCUAAGCACACGGAAAAGGACCAAGAGACAGAAAUGACUGGUGGGGACAGAGCUGCAAUGGCUCUGUCUGGAGAAGCCAGGGAAAGUGUCCCUAUUGCUAACCUGGAGGGAAACCACUCAAGAGACACGGCUCCUGGUCCGGAAGCUGUGGACCUGUCCUCAUUCCCCUCGGCUGCAGAGUUGGAGUCUCUGGGUCUGGAGAGGCUCAAGCGUGAACUGAUGGCCCGUGGACUGAAGUGCGGGGGCACCCUGCAGGAGCGCGCAGCCAGACUCUUCUCUGUCAGAGGCCUGGCAAAGGAACACAUUGACCCAGCCUUAUUUGCCAAGCCUUCAAAAGGGAAGAAGAAGUGAUUUCCUUAGAGCCCUUGUGUUUUUUUGACACUUCCUCCGGCUUGAUAUGGACUUGUGGCCAAUAUUUUUGUUGAUAUUAAAAUCUAGUUUUUUAAUAACAGUUCU